UGUAUUUCGAAAUCAUUCCUGUGCUAAACCUAAAGUUUCCGUCACUGGCCCCCCCGAGUCUGACUGGUCUAUAUACUGUCGAGUCAUGCAAGAUCUUGAUCAUCAGAUGAUACCUGCGAUGGGAAUGUAUACUGAAUAUAACGCUGAAGGCCACCGGGCAAUAUAUGAUCAUGUCUCGUCGAUUCUAGAGAAUGAACCCGCAUCUGCAGAUGCACAGGUACCACCUGCGCUUGUCUUCUAUAUGACGCGGAACAUCCUGCGCCCCACUUUUAUUCUGGGGCAGAUUCCAGAUUUACUUAACUGCCUAGCCAUGGUCGACACUUUCCGGAGAUAUGCAGUCGAGGUAUCUUCUGUUGCGUUGUCGUGGCAGGAGUACUAUGCGAAGGAACUUAGUUCUGAUCCAGACAUGACACUGCUCACGGAAAGAGAGCUAAAGAAAGUCCAAGAUUAUGUUACGAACGACGAACGUGACAGGCUGCAUUAUAUCUUGGUCACUAAGAAUCUGUGUCUAUUGCAUGUCUACUACCUUAUGACGGCACCGGAGUCGUGUAUGCUUGCAGAACACCUGAACGACUAUUUUCCAGGAUGCUUCCCAGGCUACGACAUACCAUCUAAGCUAUUGUUUCAACACGGACUUUCCGACAGUGAGAAACAGGUUAUGGAAGAGACAUAUCAAGAAUGCAAGGAGUGGAUAUUGGACGUCACCCAAUGGGAAGAGGAGCGCGAACAAGAACAAGAACAGUUGCUUGUGACCUUAACUGCAGAACAGGCCGAUGCCGCAUUCCAGCAGGCCUUUCGAGAGAAAUUUCCUCCGCCACUUUCUCAGGAAGAGCUAAUUUCAGAUUUGGAUGACUACUUGGGCAUCGUGGAGAGAAUGAUUCGCAGGUUGGAAGAUUAUUUUCCUUCAGCCAAGGUUCUGGAGAGAUUAAAGCGAGCGACCUGAGCGACAUCAUGCUCUGUUUUUCUUCGUAGAACGUCGUGAGUUUUAGAUCAUGCUAAUAUAUGCACCCCUUAGUCACCGAUUCUCUUAU